AUUGAAGGUAUGAUUCCAAUUAAUGCUAGUAAUAUGCGGAUUAGUUUUUUCUUAUAUUUUUUUAUGCAUUCUUUUAUAUGGUUAAGUCUAUCUGCUAUGAACUACCGAUGAUUAUUUUUCUUGGAUUUCUUAAAAUUUUCUCAGCAACAUGCCAUACAUUUGAUCCAAGUAAAUAUGCUUGGAACUGCCUUAAAUCUUCAUUCUCCUUUUUUAUUUUCCGAGGAAUUCGGGGUUAGAGAAAAGAUUGAACCUACAAUGGGCGGAAAAAGGCAAAUGGAACCCAAAGUUGGUGAAAUGGAGCAUAGGGUCAAGAAAAGAAAGCUUGAUCUGAAAGAGGAAAUGGAGAAAAUAAAGUUAUGGUCAAGGGUGUUAGCCGAGAUGACCGCAGUGCAAAGGCAGCUGAUAGAAGUCGUGAUCUCAAAUUCAAACAUGGAAGACGUGCAUCUCAAAUGUGAACAACUCGGGGGCGUCAACACUGAGGCGGCACUACUGAAUUCUAUGAUCCAAAACUACAUUCACGUCAUGCUUGGUGUGUUUGGUGGUUGAUGGAGUGUCAAAUACGAUAAUAGUUAUACGUAGGUGUCCAAUAUGAAUAUAGUUGGUUUUUCAAAAUGUAUGAAUAGCGAAGUAGGAAGCAAAGGUCAUUCAUAAGAGGAAGCGAUGGGUGCUUGUCUGAUAUGAUGUGUAACGCUUUGUUUAAUAUUAAAUCACUAAAUCCAUGGUGUGUUUAAAUA